UUCGUCAGCUGAUGUAUAUGUAUGUUGUUGUAAUGUCAAAUUUUGCAAUCAGUAUUUAUAUUUAUGAUAGCUUAUAUCACACUAAUUACCGGGAUUAAUCAAUGUACAAUUAAACGAAAAGAAUGGUCAGCUUAUCAAGAAGUGCAAACAUGAAUGCCGGGGGCGCAACGUUUUUUAGCGAAUCUACAAACGUUGAAGAUAGAGAAUAUUUGCAACCUAUUCUCGAAUCCUAUGGCAUAUUCAAACCUUUAAAUACUAUUAUUCCGUUUAGUAUUCACUUACUCGCUAUAUUUACCUUAGAAGUUAUGGCGAUAGUUUUUGCAGCAAUUCAUCUUAACAAAGAUUAUCAAUGCCGCGAAUAUUUUGUACUAAUAUAUGCACACGUUGGCUUGUGGUUUUUGACAUUGGUGGUUGAUCAGAUAGCACGAGUGAAGCAUUACAACUUACGUAUGAACGGGUAUUUGGAAUUUUAUAAAAAAAUUCAAAUGCACCAUCAGUUACCCAUAUACAUUGUUAGUAUGUGGACCACUGCGAUCUUGUUAAUACAAACAGUAAUGCAACAUUAUUAUCCUGAUGACUUUUUGGAGAGAUGUGUUAAAGGAGGAUUGUUGUCUCCGAUUUCUUACAUAUGUGCUGUACUUUCAAUGGAGUUUUUGGUUAUUGUAGUCGUAUCUGCAAGUUAUAUACGUCGAGUACGAAAAUUUAAUCAUCAAAAACCUCUACCGGAUGUACAAAAAGAAGAAUGGAAUGCGUGUUCGUCAUCGGAAACGUUUGCUCAGGGUGAAAUAGGGUACAGGCAGCUAGGCGAUAAAGUGUACGAUUUUAUAGAAAAACAAGCUGAUUUGAUAAGACAUCUAAAAGACCAUAAUGCACGUCUUGGAGAAAAGCUAAUGGUAGUAAAUGCACAGUUGCAAGGUCGAAGUAGAGCUAUUCCCGAGAUUUAAAGUGUUAGCAGUGAUAUAGCUUAGAAGUUAUAACAUGUGAUAUUAUUAAUCAUAGAUGCUGUUUUAAUUUUUGAUUCUUUUUUGAUAAUUAUCAUUGCUAAAUUAUAUAUCUAGCUGUUGUUAUCCUCUAUUUAUGUACCUAGCUGUUAUUAACAUAAGAACUAAGAAUUAUUUUGUAUUGUUUUCUAUAAUAAAUGUUGAAUCUAAUUGGUCUCAA